UGCUGGGGCCUGGUAUGUACAGAUGGCUGGUUAGGAUUCUCGGCACCAUUUUCGGUUUCUGCAACCGUUCGGUGCCCCGUGCACGGGCCUUGUUGAAGAGGCGGCGCUCGAAAGAUUGCUUUAUUCACCAAGUGAAAAACAGUCUCUACAAUGCUGCAAGUUUAUUUGGAUUCCCAUUCCAGCUGACUACAAAGCCCAUGGUGACUUCUUGUAAUGGAACACGGAAUGUGGCCUCUUCAGGAGAGGUAUUUUCAAGCUCUUCAUCUUGUGAAGUGACAGGUUCUGGACCCUGGAACAACAUGCUGAAACUGGGUAAUAAAUCUCCAAAUGGAAUAAGUGACUAUCCAAAGAUCAGAGUGACAGUAACCUGAGAUCAGCCACGUAGAGUCCUACCUUCUUUUGGGUUUACAUUGAAAUCAGAAGGCUACAAUAGAAGACCGAGUGGUCGCCGCCAUAGCAGAGGCAAUCCAGAGAGUUCUUUAACAUGGAAACCUCAGGAGCACGGAGUUGUGGAAAUGAUUCAUGAUGAGAGUGGCAAGAGUGUGAGGCGUCCCCACUGUACUGUGGUAGAGGGUGUUCAAAAAGAGGAAAAAGAGAAAUACCAAAGGUUAUUGGAGCGACUUAAAGAAGGUGGUCAUGGAAACGCUUUCCCUCCUGUAGCUUCGCAUCAUCACAGAAGUCAAAUGGACACACUAAAGACCAAAGGCUGGAUGGAAGAACAGAAUCAUGGAGUCAGAACAAAUCAUUUUCUUCCAAAACAAUAUAGAGUUGUUGAAACAAGGGGACCUUUCUGUUCAAUGAGAAGUGAAAAGAGGUGUUCAAAGGGGAGACUUUCUGAUACAGAGAAGAUGGCUGGAUUCAGACUUGAAAAUGAAGGUAGAUGGGGACACCAGCGGGAGCCUGACCUGUCAGAAGAAGUGUCAGCUCGGCUUCGCCUGGGCAGUGGAAAUAAUGGCUUCUUCAGGAGGAAAGCAUCAAUUAUUGAGGCAAAGGAAAAGCAUUUCUCAGGCAAAGAGAAGGACAGAAGAACAGAUGAUCUUCUUGAACUUACAGAGGACAUGGAAAAGGAGAUCAAUAAUGCCCUGGGUCAUGGCCCCCCAGAUGAAAUCCUAAGCAGUGCUUUCAAAUUGCGAAUUACUCGAGGAGAUAUCCAGACCUUAAAGAACUGUCACUGGCUCAAUGAUGAGGUCAUUAAUUUUUAUAUGAAUCUUCUAGUGGAAAGAAAUAAGAAGCAAGGCUAUCCAGCACUUCAUGCAUUCAGUACUUUCUUCUAUCCUAAAUUAAAGUCUGGAGGUUACCAAGCAGUAAAAAGAUGGACCAAAGGGUUAAAUCUCUUUGAACAAGAACUUGUUCUGGUGCCUAUUCAUCUGAAAGUACACUGGAGCCUGGUGGUGAUGGACCUAAGAAAAAAGUGUCUUAAAUAUCUGGAUUCUAUGGGACAAAAAGGCCACAGGAUCUGUGAACUUCUUCUUCAGUAUUUACAAGAUGAAAGUAAGACCAAAAGGAAUAUUGAUCUGAAUCUCUUAGAGUGGACCCACUACAGCAUGAAGCCCCAUGAGAUUCCUCAACAGUUGAAUGGGAGUGAUCGUGGAAUGUUUACUUGUAAAUAUGCAGAUUAUAUUUCUAGGGACAAACCUAUCACUUUUACUCAGCACCAGAUGCCUCUCUUCCGGAAGAAGAUGGUGUGGGAAAUUCUUCAUCAGCAGUUGCUGUGACAGUGCCCCACCUGGUCCUUCUAGCUGCUGGUGGUUCUUUCAAGGGUGUUUCCAUAUACCUCAUGUAUUGUGGGUUAGAGUCCCCGCAUCGGUUCUGUUCUCUCAUAGGUACUGAGCUGUCAAAAGUGCAUGAAGGCCUCUUUCUGCACCAUAGUCCUGACUUGAGGUGUGGAGAGGCUGCUUACAACCUUCUUUGUAAGGCUGUGCCUGCUCGGAGCCCUGAACUGUUCAACCCACUCAAGAACAAACGCUAAUAUUUUUUUGUUUAAAGAUUAUUUCCAUAUGAAUGUGGGAAAUGCAGGAUUUAUUCUAUGAAUUAUAUUGUUUUCUG